AGAUAGUGUAUCGCAGUCACUGCGACGCAGUGUAGCAACGCAACGAGAGCGGACCUGUCGAUGCUCGUAUUCUUCGAAAUAACACAAAAAAAUAACGCGCAAAACAGAAUACGAGUUUCGGUUAAUGAUAUUUCAUUCCGCUCCAUUUAUCUCGGGCAACAUGCCAGAAUAAUCGAAAUACAUCGAAUCUCUUUCAAUGCAAUGACGCACGGCGCGUUUCUUUGCAUACUUGCGGUUUAUAACCUUCAAUAACAACACCUCGUUCCACUGCUACUAGCAAAAUGUCAUCCUUUCAUGUGGCAGAGUUGACGGAGCAGUUGGUUAAAGAUUACGCGAGUUACACGAAAGUGGACUGGGAUAAUCAGAUGAAGAACUUCCGCGACGUCAUCGAGGACACGCUGAUACGUCUGGAGGAGUUUCAGUCGAUUGUCGCGAUGGUGGAAAGUGGCAGUGCGGAGUGUAUGCAACAGCAUCUUCCCAAGUUGCAACACAUGAAGGACGGCAUGGCAACUCUCCACAGGAGAAUCGACGCGCUCGAGCACGUUGUCGCGAUGGCCAACAUGAAUUUGAGUACGCUGGAAGCUGCGGUGGAUAAGGCGGAGGCUGAACUCGGUGUAUCGGACAGAUUGUUCGGGAUGCUGAAUCCAUUAUCAUUUUUUAAAAAGACUCAGGAACCGAUUGCCUCGAGCUCAGUGCCAACGUAUAAGACGCCAGUAAUUUACAGAUCCGAUGAUUAUUUUCAAAGAGAAUAAAAAACAUUGCCACGACGAAGAGAAAGACGUAGAUCAUAAUGUACCUGCCACUAGAGCAAAUUUCGAGAACUGUUUACGAGCUUAGAUUAGUGAUAUCCGAUUGUGAUAUAUCCGCAUUAUGACAUCGCAAUGAGGAGGGAAGAUGGGCUGCAUAUAAAGAACAACUUCCACCUAUGCAGUGCCUCCAUCUCAUGAUCUUCCCUAUUCCGCAAGUGACGCUGCAUGCGGACCAGUUGCCCCAUUGAUCCCAGAUUUUCGGUUCUCUAUCGUUUCUUCUCGCUGAAAUAACGUUAAUGCGACUCCAAUAUAUGAACAUUGAAAUCCCAAAGAGAUGAAGGAAAAUCAGACGUGAAUACGACCAGAAUUUUUCCUCAAUUUUGUCAGUAAUUUUAAUCCCUAGGCUCUCUUCAGAAGGUUUUAAUGUGACUCGAGUGAAAGUUCCCUUCAUUACAAAAUACAAUCGAGCAACUUGUGGAAUUUUCCAUCUACUACCGAAACCUUGUUUGCGUCACGUCAGUUAUAAGCUUCACCUGUUAGCUUGAUGUAGGUCAAAUUUUUUUAGCAACGAGAGGCCGUGAUUAACGAGACGCUGUUUUCUGUACGAGUAUGAAUAUCGUAAUUACGAAAAAAAAAUUAAUUUUGAUUAGCUUCGCAAGGAGUUUAACCGCGCGCGACACGCAGAAGGUCCUCGAUAAAAAGUCUAACUGAUGAAAAAUUUCCAUUUAUUGUCUCAAUUGUGCGUCACGGUUAUAAAUUAUAAGUUUCAGCCAUCGUCCGCGAUAUCAAAUCAAAUCAAAUCAGAUUCCGGCGGCUAGAGGGCAAAAGUAACGAAGAGUUUUCUUUCGACGUGAGUUAUAAUUACAUGAGAAAAAAAGAAGACAAAUGAGGUACGGCUCGAAGAGUUCUCGGGUGUUAGUAACGUAAGGAUUUCGAUGCGCGUUGAGUUUCGUGCUGAAAAAGAAGAACAUUCCGGGUGACUGGCCGGUGGAAAGUUCGCGCACUGCCAAAAACUUGUUCACGUAUGUUUCAAUGAUCGACAUUACAAGAAGGCAUAUCCUGAACCGGUCCGGCGCGCGCGUAUGUAUCUGGAGAAAGCCGCGAUCGCUGAAUGCACGACUCGCACUCUGACAACCUACUCUCGUUUAUUUAUUUAUUGUUGCUCGCGUGCUUACAUGUUACGCUACACAUUAAUCGCGCCAAGUCAUUCCUCAAGCAGUCUUGACUAAAUUAUAAUCUUUCACACUUUAUCUAGUCACUGUUUCGUAAAUGUACUUGAUAUAAUAACGUAAUGACAAAUCAAAGCGCAUGUAUGCAUUAUUACGCAUGAUUACUGUCACCAUUGAGUAAUCAAAACUGAAAAUGGAAAAGUAAUCAUCCUGUUACAUAAAAUAUACAUAUAAUAAAAAUUUGCAAUUAUUCAUAAAUUAUAAUAAAAAUAAAAAAGUUUACAAUUAUUCAUAAAUUUGUAUUAGAUUUGUUUUAUUUUGAAACAAUAUAUACUUAAUUGUAUACGCGAUUAAUAUUGUAUAUUAUUAAAUAUAGUAUUUACCUAUUCGUUUCAUUUGAAACUGGA